GCUUACAAGUCGUUUAUCUAUUUUUCCAUUGUUGAGGUCGUCAUGCUGCGCGCGUCGGCUGGCAGCAUCCUUUUCACGCCGGUGUACGAGUGCACGUCGCCGUCGGCGCCGUACGCCUACCUAAUCGAGAUCGAUGGCGUGCGCAUCCUGUUUGACUGCGGGUGGAAUGACGCCUUCGACCCGAUGUACCUAACGCAGCUGAAGCCGCACCUCGCCUCGGUGCACGCGGUGCUCAUAUCCAGCCCCCACAUCAAUGCCUGCGGUGCGCUGCCCUUCGUACUGGAGCACAUCGCCCCCGGUACGCUCGUGGCGGCCGCGGGUGCAACCUCCAAGAUUGCCGUCCACAGCGUUCUGCACCCUUUCCUGUAUCAGUACCCCAACUCGCACACCUUUGCACUGGACGACGGAAGUCACUUCAACAUGACGGUGGAUUCCAUCUACAACAGCUUCCGCAUGAUCCGCGAGCCCUACGGAGGAAAGGUGACGAUCAAGCACGAUGACAUGGAGGUGAGCUGCUUUGCGGUGUUCGCGGGCCGCAUGCUGGGCGGCUACGGCUGGACGAUCAAGUACCAAAUCGACGAGCUCUUCUACUGCCCUGACUUCUCGGUCAAGCCGUCGUACGCGCUGAAGCGCUUCAACAUGCCGACCACGGCGAACAUUAUGUUUCUCUGCAGCUUCCCCUUCCAUCUCUCCGGCGCCAGCAGCACCAAGAAGUAUGAGGAGCAGCUGCAAGCCCUCUUUAAGGAGAUGCAGCACACCCUGCGUGGUGGCAGUGACGUGCUCGUGCCGGUCGACGUGGCGGGGCGCGGGCUGGAAGUGCUCAACACCAUCAUCCACCUCCUCGCCGAGCAAGGCGGUGACAAGUACAAGGUGGCGAUGGUGGCCUCGCAGGCACAGGAGCUCAUCGACAAGGCGGCCACCAUGACGGAGUCGCUGCAGGACGAUCUCAUUUUGGGCGACCAGCGCCUCUUCGCCAACGUGGUUGCCUGCCGCAGCGCGGAGGAGGUAAUGGCGCUGCCGAGCCCGAAGAUCUGCGUGGCUGAUGGUGCCGCCCUCGACUUUGGUCCCUCCGCGGAGCUGCUGGAGUACUUCGUGAAGGGCAACCGUGACGGCGCAGACCAUCUAAUUGUCUUCGUGGAACCGCCGCUGCCGGGCACUAACGCGGCCGCCAUCGCCGCGGCGGAAGACGGCGAGCGACUGGACGUGCACAUCACGCGUCGCAGCAGGUUGAAUGGCGAGGAGUUGGAGGAAUACUACAUUGAAUUAGAGCACGAUAUGGAGCAACGACGGCGCGAGUUGGAGGCGCAGAGCGCGUUUAACGUCGUGCAGGACGACGACGCAGCCGGCGCGCGCGAGGCGGACGACGAGGAGGACGAGACAGAUGUGAACGCACGAGGCGAUGCCGUGGGCAACACGCCGGCACCCGCGGCUUCUGCGUCCGGCACCAGCACCGGUGCCACCACCGGUGGCAAGCUACCUACUUCGGCCCAGGGCGCUGCUCUGCAGCCGAAGUCGAAGCCUGCUGCUGUCAGCGCCACCACCGUCGGCCUCGUGUUGCCCUCUCCGCUUCACUACUUCUCCAGGCACCUCUGCUUUCCCGUUCUCGAGACCACCGGCACGCUCAGCGCGGCGGCGCUCAAGCACGUCGACGUCGCCUACGGUCUGCCAGUCAGCGACGAGGAGCAGUUGGUGCUGCAGAAGCGCGCCCCCACGCGGCUGCAGAGCGACGCCGGACCGGAGGCCCUUCUGGUGGAGAACGACGCGCAGCGACUCGCGAACAUCCCGUCAAAGAUAUCACAAGUCGCCGUGCAGGUCAACCGGCGAUGCCGCGUGGUGCUGUCGGACCUCACGGGCUACCCGGACGCGCUGACGAUGAAGAGUAUAUUGAAGACGAAGUGGACGUUUGCGAAGAAGAUGGUUGGCCUGCGCGGCGGUGCGGACGACGGCCGCGCCUUCUUGCACUUCUGCCGCGCCGAAAAGGCGAUGAAGUGCGGCUCAAGCGUCUUUACCCCCAGCGUGCCGCGGACGGCGCUCGAGCUAGCGACGCACGUGUACUCUUACGCCGUGCAGCUCGAGGCGAGUCUGGCGAGCAACUUGGUGCGCGGGCUACGGCCGGUGCGCGAGUCGAAGUCGGACAGCACGUGGGAGGUCGGCUGGGUGGACGGGGAGCUCAGCGGGGUGCUGACGGAGGCCGACUUCAACGAGCCUGCGGCGCAGCGGAGUCGGUUGGAAUUGUCGUCGUACUCUCUCACCACCGUCGCGCCGGAGAAGACGCAGGCGUGCGCGACGCAGCGGGAGCUGAAGGGGUUGCAGAGUGGCUCCUUCUUCGUAGGCGACGUGGACCUGCAGCGGCUGCGAGAGUCGUCCCGGCUGGACAACGGUCUCUACAGUGAAUUCCACAAGAAGGCCCCGCUGCUUGUGUUUGACGAAGGCGUAUGUGUACGCAAGGGUGGCGACGGCACCGUGACCAUCUCCUCCAUUGCCACCCCAGCGCUUUUUGAUCUCCGCCGGGCGGUGUAUCGGCAGUACUCGCAAACGCUCUAG